AUGUCUUCACCAUCCAGUGCCCUGGCCGUGCCGGCCACGGCGCACAGCGCCAACCAGAUUGCCUCGUCGCAGGCCUCGUACACGUCGGUCGACGCAGAGAAGACGGACGUCGAGCAGGGCGACGUCACGGACCUCGAAAAGGACCGCCGCGGCGACAGCGGCGAUGUCGACGUUGAGGCGACGGCCGAGACCAAGGAGGCGCAGGCCGCCGCCAACAGCGCGGAAGAGGACGACUACCCGCACGGCGCCAAGCUGGGCUUCAUCGUCCUCGCCCUUGCUCUGAGUAUUUUCCUCAUGUCUUUGGACUUUACCAUUGUUGCUACUGCGAUUCCCAAGAUCACGGACCAGUUCCACGGCCUCAACGACGUGGCCUGGUACGGCUCUGCCUUCUUCCUGACGGUCGGUGGUUUCCAGUCCACGUGGGGCAAGGCGUUCAAGUACUUCUCGCUCAAGUACACGUACCUCGCGUCCAUUGCCGUCUUUGAGCUGGGCUCGCUGAUCUGCGGUGUGGCGCCCAACUCCAAGGCUCUUAUUAUCGGCCGUGCCAUUGCUGGCCUCGGCGCUGCGGGCAUCGGCUCCGGCUCGUACACCGUCAUUGCCGUGACGGCCCCGCCCCGCAAGCGCGCCAUGUUCACCGGCCUCAUCGGCGCCGCCUACGGCAUUGCCUCGGUCAUCGGCCCCCUGAUUGGCGGCGCCUUCACCGACAAGGUCACGUGGCGCUGGUGCUUCUACAUCAACCUGCCCAUUGGCGGCGUCUCGGGCCUGAUCAUCCUGUUUUUGUUUACGACGCCCUCGCGCGCGAAGCCCGUCGAGGCGCCCCUGCGCGAGAAGCUGCUGCAGAUGGACCCCGUCGGCACCGUGCUGGUCAUGGGCGGCGUCAUCUCGUACGUCCUGGCGCUGCAGUACGGCGGCCAGACGGCGCCCUGGAAGUCGGGCAAGGUCAUCGGCCCGCUCGUCGCCUUCGUCGUCAUCACCGUCAUCUUUGGCUUCUGGGAGCGCUACAACGGCGAGCGCGCCAUGAUUGUGCCGCGCCUCAUUGCCAGCCGCAACGUGUGGCCCAACGCCGUCUUCGCCUUCUUCUUCGCCUCGUCCUACUUUACCCUCAUCUACUACCUGCCCAUCUACUUCCAGAGCAUCGACAACGUCAGCCCCACGGCGUCUGGCGUGCGCAACCUGCCGCUGAUUAUCGCCGUCACCAUCGGCACCGUUGUGUCGGGCGGCAUCAUUUCCAAGACGGGCAUCGCCACGCCCUUCUUGCCGCCCAUGACCGCCAUCGCCGUCGUCGGCACCGGCCUGCUGUACACCCUGGACAUUGGCACCGGCAGCGGCAAGUGGAUCGGCUACCAGGUCCUGGCCGGCCUCGGCUACGGCUACACCUUCCAGAUCCCCAUGAUCUACGGCCAGGCCACCGCCAAGAACGAGGACCUGGCGCCCACGACCGCCCUCAUCAUGUUCUUCCAGACCAUUGGCGGCGCCUUCAUGCUGUCGGCCGCCCAGUCCGCCUUUGUCAACCACAUGGUCAACGAGCUGCCCAAGUACGCGCCCUCUGUCAACCCCAUGCAGGUCAUUGCCACGGGCGCCACCGAGCUGUGGACGACCUUCCCGCCGGACGUGCUGCCCGGUGUGCUCCGGGCGUACAUGUCCGGUCUCAAGAUCUCCUUUGCCAUUGCCAUUGCCGGUGUGGGCUCGGCCUUUGUCGUCAGUCUGGCCAGCAGCUGGAAGCGCAUCAACCCGGAUGCCCUGAUGAACGCCGGCGCUGCGUAG